AUGAUUCGAAGACAGCUACUAGAACCGGUCACGGAGUUUCAACUGGCAUUAGAGAACGUGUCUCUGGGGGAUGUAGAUGCUCUACAUAGCUUCAGGAAAUUUUUGCGACGUGGAACCAUUCUACAGCGACGCCAACUUCUUAUGGAAGCGCAGAAGCUUUCCACUCAAACUUCAUUGUCACAUGAUCUUCAUCUCAUUCAAUCGCCGUCCCUAGAAUUUGACAACAGUACUACCUACACAUCUGAUGUCACAUCUGAAAACUGUAAGAAGCGGCGCCUGGACGGUCUGUUGCAGCAAUCCAGUCCUCUAAAUGGCUCUACUCGCAAGCGGAGAGUUCAACCCUCAAGGGCGGCCUCUAGUUCAUCAAAUGCCACUGCACACUCCCCCUCUAAUAGGAUGGUCCCUUCAACUACGUCCUACUCUCAAGAAAUUGACAAAGACCCAGAGGAUGGCCAUGUUCAAAUUCACAUCGAUGAAGAUGGAGGAGAUUAUGCCUUGACGCCGGACCGUGUACAAUCGCCGCGAACUGCAUCUUAUGUCCCAUCCCGCAAUCCCGCUAUUCCCAACAUCCUUGUCAAGGCGAGGGAGUUCUUUGAGACGAUGCUUACUAAGCGUGCGAACCGCGCUAAAUAUCUUGUUCGCGCCGUCCAGGGGUUUCUUGAGGCACCUCAGCUCCCGUGCGAUUUCGCAAAGGAGAUGUGGAACAAGAAAUCAGCCAUCUUUUCUAAACCAGAAGUUACAGGCUCCACAGCUCGCUUCCGAAGUCUCUAUGAGGGCCAUCGAAAGAUUAAAAGAGGUGGGGAGGAGUAUCUCGCUGCAGCUCGCUUCUGUUAUAUCUAUUUGGAACAUGAUUUGGAGCAGAUAAUUCAAUCUCAAAAACUUGUGUUGUCUCAAGGUAGAGGAAAAGUGACGGCUGCCUUUCAGCUACAGGCGAAGAACAUCUCCGUCACCAUGGACGCUCUUCGAGCUGAGCGUAAGGCCGGUCGAGGAUAUAUUCGACUUUUGAUGGAAGGCGGACCUGGUUUCGUGCUUCGCAUGGGUAGCAAUGUAUCGACUAUAUGGGAAAGAAAGCUUAGUGUCAGCGAUAUCAUUCUUAUUAUAGAAUUUAUCAAGUCCUAUGCCAUCGAGUUAUAUGACGAGAUUAAGUCAUACGAUCAAGCUGCUGUACAAGCACUCCUAAAUGGUUUUAUCGCAUAUGGUUGGACCAGCACGGAGAUUCGUGAAACAAAAAGUUCGCUGUUUGACGAAUUACAACGCUAUGCCAAUUUAAACAACCAAUAUCCUGGAAAAACAGUAGAAGAGAAUUCCAAUAUAACGUCUCUCGCAACACCAGUAUCAGAAAUCUGGGAUGGUGUAAUGAGACAGAAUGAAUCCCCUUCUAUGCUUUCAGACCUAGAUCUGCUUCUAGAAGAGGGGAAUCAGACGAUGUCAAUGCCAACGACCUCCGAGGAAGAUCCAGAAUCAGUCCUUGGCAGCGACGACUUCGACUUCUGGCUCUGA